UGCAAGCUGUUCUGCAUUCUGUUACCUCUUGAGGUUAGGGCACCGGUGAUCAAGUGACCUAAUUGGUUCCCUUUAACUCAGACAGAUCACAUUUCAACACGGCACGAAAGCAUGGCCUCCAACCUGCUUAGCCGAACCCUGUCCUUACAGCACAGCUUGCGUCUCUCUGCCUUAGGAUACAGAUAUGUUACCCAAGCAGCAACAAAUAGCGUUGAAGAGUUUGAAUACGAUGGUCCGUCAAUGAAAACAGAAGUUCCGGGCCCAAAAUCCAGGGAGCUAACAAAACAGCUGGGACAGAUUCAGAAUGUUACUGCGCUGAAUUUCUUCUGUGAUUAUGAAGCGAGCCGAGGGAACUAUCUUGUGGACGCGGAUGGCAAUCGCAUGCUGGAUGUGUACACCCAGAUCGCCUCCAUCCCCAUAGGAUACAAUCAUCCAGCCCUUCUGAAUGUCAUGGUAAAUCGUCACAAUCUGAGUGCAUUCGUAAACCGACCAGCUCUUGGAAUGUUACCACCCAAGAACUUUCCUGAAAAGCUGGCUGAAGGCCUCCUUUCAGUGGCCCCCAGAGGAAUGAGUCGGGUGCAGACAAUGGCUUGUGGUUCCUGCUCCAACGAGAAUGCUUACAAAGCCAUAUUCAUUUGGUACAGAAGCAAACAGAGGGGACACAAAGAACCAACAUCAGAGGAGUUGAGAUCAUCUGUGGUCAAUCAGGUACCCGGGUGUCCUGACUUGAGCAUUCUGUCCUUCAUGGGUGGUUUUCAUGGGAGAACUCUUGGUUGCCUGGCUACAACACACACAAAGGCUAUCCAGAAGCUGGACGUGCCCUCCUUUGACUGGCCCAUUGCCCCUUUCCCCAAACUGCGGUACCCUCUGGAAGAGUUUGUGCGUGAAAAUGCGCAGGAAGAAGCUCGCUGUCUGGAGGAGGUUGAGGAUCUCAUUGUUAAAUGGGGGCAGAAGGGCAGACCAGUUGCUGGUAUUGUGAUUGAGCCCAUACAGGCUGAAGGAGGAGACAACCAUGCAUCUUUUGAUUUCUACAGGAAGUUAAGAGAAAUUGCACGAAAACAUGGAUGUGCUUUCCAUGUGGAUGAGGUGCAGACAGGGGGUGGUGCCACCGGGAAGUUCUGGGCCCAUGAGCACUGGGGUUUAGAUGACCCUGCUGACAUUGUCUCCUUCAGCAAGAAGAUGUUGACAGGUGGCUACUACCACAAGGAUGACCUCAUGCCUGACAAGCCAUUUAGAAUCUUCAACACAUGGAUGGGGGAUCAAACCAAAAACCUGUUCUUGGUUGAGGUGCUGAAUGUAAUAAAGACUGAGAGGCUGCUGGAACAAGUGCAGCGCUCUGGACACAUCAUGCUGCAAGGUCUAUACGAGCUGCAGGCUCAUUACCCCCACCUCCUAAGUGCUGCAAGGGGGCUAGGUACCUUCUGUGCCAUUGAUGUCAAAGAUGAAGCCACACGCAAUAGCCUUAUCCUCAAGGCAAGAAACAAAGGUGUGGUCUUGGGUGGCUGUGGAGAAAGGUCAAUCAGAUUUCGCCCUGCUUUGGUUUUCAAGGAGCAUCAUGCCCAUCUCUUUCUCAACAUCUUCAACGAUGCCCUGGCCGAGUUCAAAUAAGAGCAAGGAGAUGCCGUUACCAUUUCACAAAUUUGUCGACCAGUUAUUUCUCUUUUUCUGUGACAACUUUUUCCCCUAAAACAUAUGUCAUUUUUAAAAACCCACAUACCAUAUAAGCAGUAAAGCAGUGGAGCCAUAUCAAAUGCUGUUAUGAUGUGCAACAGGAUUGUGGUUAAUUUAACACAGUACCUACACACUUCUCAUAAACUGCUUUACAUAAGCACUUCACUUCUCUAA